AUGACAUUCAUUACCUUCUGUUCUCGCAUCUACCUAUUCAUCAUGAAUCUGGCGAUGCUGCUAGUCGGCCUCGCUGUCAUCGCAUUAGCGCUAUGGAUCAGAUUCGAUGACAACUUCGAAGCGGAAAUUCGCAGCAAUCUGCUGUUCAAGGGCGAUCCUGAGCCGAUGUCAAGCGACAAAGAGGCAUUGAGAACAUGGUGUCUCGUCUGCUUCUGGGUGAUCAUCGGCUUCGCGAUCGCUUCGGUGCUCAUCGGACUCGCCGGAAUCCUUGGCGCCGCUCUCAACGUCAAAUCACUGCUGGGCGCCUAUGUCGUCGCAAUGAUUCUGCUGAUCGCCCUUGAGAUUGCCGCCGGCAUUUCGAUGCUCACCAAGAGAAGCCGCUUGCGAAAUCACGUCAAAGACUAUGUGUUCGACGCCUACAGUAUGAAUUCGCAGCAAGACAUUCAAGCGUUCGUCUAUCGGUACAAUUGUUGCGGUGCGGACAACCUGAACAACUCGCAAUGUGCGGCCGGCCAGCCGACGUGCUCAUCGGCGGUCUGGGAUCGAUUGGACUUCACCCUAAUGAUAUUCGGCAUCUGUAUGCUCAUCAUCAUCAUCAUCGAGAUAUUCACAGCCAUCGUGCCGCUUCCAAUUCUGUUGCGGAAACGCCGACAAACGUCCUACUACGAUCAAUGA